AACCAAAUAUAUAUAAUAAUAAGACAUUAAUUAAUAAUAAGUAAUAACCUCCUUAAUUCACAACCAAUUCCACCCCCAUUUACCAAUGAUGGCACAACUGGUUUUCUCCAAGAUUCACCAACCUCACUCCAUCUUUCUCACAACAUAAAAAACAAAAAACCCCAAAAGAAUGAGCGUUCCACCACCACCGCCAUCAGGGAUGUGGCCAACAACAACUCAUCCACCAUUCACAGUAUCACAGUGGCAAGAACUUGAACACCAAGCACUCAUCUUCAAGUAUCUCAAAGCUGGUUUGUCGGUUCCACCAGACCUUCUCCUACCUAUUCGGAAAAGUCUUCAAUUCAUUUCUCACCGUCCUUCUUCUUUGGGUUAUUAUGGGAAGAAAAUUGACCCUGAACCAGGUAGGUGUAGAAGAACCGAUGGAAAAAAAUGGAGAUGUUCUAGGGAUGCUCAUCCUGAUUCUAAAUACUGUGACCGUCAUAUGAUACGACGUCGUUACCGUUCAAGAAAGCCUGUGGAAUCUUCUUCUUCUUCUUCUCAAUCUCAAUCUCAAUCUCAAUCUCAAUCUUCAUCUUCUGUUUCUUCAACUUCACAACUUGUUUCUUCUAUUGGAACUACUACUGUUAGUACUGGUUCUGUUUCUGUUACUUCAAAUUCAACCUUUCAUACACUUCCUUUGCAUACAAAUGGUACACGUGAAGGUUUAGGUUUCACUCUUGGGAACACAAUACCCGACAUGGACCCUAUGCUUCUUCCUCUUCAGGGUUCUAAGAAACCUUAUAGGUUUGGACUGAACUCCGAAGCAGAUGAGCACAACCUUUUACAGAAAGAUCUCGGCACUGUGAAGUAUCAAGGCUACGAUUUUACAUCAGAUGGCAUGUGGUAUAAUAAUAUGUCUCAGAUUCCAUCAAACACCGUCUCCGAAUCAAGGAGUGGUUCUACCACCAUGACUGGCAACUACUUCCAACAGCGAACAACACGAGAACCUGAGCUUUUUAGCCUCGACGCUGCAAGGUCCAAGGAAAUCGUCUUUAACAGUCAGUUAUGUUCAACAGGUAGUUUGAAACAGGACUAUGAGUCCCCUCAGUCUCUCUUCAGUGACUGGCACUGGAAGAAAGAUUUAGCCUCCUCCGCCGCCAUCGAGUAUAGGCCAAAUAAGGAUUUUAACACCGACCCGGAUGCCAAUGUUGAUUCAAAUGGUACUUUAUGAAGCUUUCAAAAGAGUAUCACUACAUGGUCCCCUCCACCCUUUGUUACAUAAGGGAAUCAUGGUUUAGUUUUCAACUUUCAAUGUUGUUGUUGUUAUUGUAUUGUAUACUUGAAGGAGUUAUGUUAUGCUUUAUUUACACGUAAACUUUGUAACAUUUGAUUAUGCUUUCCUUUUUCUUGAUAUGUUGCUUUUAGUAUGUAUGAAUGACUACUGUCUUUUAAGAUCAAAAUCCUGUGAUUGUUAGACACAUGUUGGUGGUAUACUAUUGAGUAUUUUCAGCUCAAAAA